AUGCGACGUCUCCUCCUGCCGCUGCUCGGCGUCCUAGCCAGCGCCACGUCGACCAACGAUCCGCAGCAACCUCUCCUCGACAAUGUCCACGAUGCGGCCGAACCCCCGCAGGUAUCCGUCGACCUCUUCCGCUCCCUCGAACGAACCUCCCGCAUCGUCGACAUAACCUACUGCGUCGGCACCUCGGGCAUCUCCCAGCCCUUCUCCUGCGUCUCACGCUGCAACGAGUUCCCCUCCUUCAACCUCGUCAAGACCUGGAACACGGGCGUCCUGCUGAGCGACAGCUGCGGCUACAUCGCCGUCGACCACGGUAAGCGCCGCCCGGGCGACGAGGACCGUCUCGGCGGCGAGGUCGGGGAGAAGGCCAUCGUCGUCGCGUUCCGCGGGACCUACAGCAUCACCAACACCGUCGUGGACCUGAGCACCAUCCCGCAGGAGUACGUGCCGUACCCGGCGCCCGACGACGGCGACGGCGAGCCGGGCGGGGAGCCGGACAAGCGGCGCCGAUGCGAGGACUGUACCGUGCACAUGGGAUUCCUGGCCUCCUGGCGCCAGGCGAGGAAGCUCGUCCUCCCCGAGCUGAAGAAGCUGAGGGCGGACUACCCGGACUACCCCGUCCACCUGGUCGGACACAGUCUCGGCGGGGCGGUCGCGAUGUUGGCGGCGCUCGAGGUGAAGAUGUCUCUCGGCUGGGACAACGUCAUCGCCACCACUUUCGGAGAGCCCAAGGUCGGCAACCAGGGCCUGUGCGACUACGUCGACACCGUCUUCGAGCUGGACAAGGAGGGAAUGAACCCGAUGAACAGGACCUACCGCCGCGUCACGCACGCCGGCGACCCGGUGCCGUUGCUGCCGCUGACCGAGUGGGGAUACAAGCCGCACGCCGGGGAGCUGUACAUCACCAAGUCGGAGCUCUCGCCGUCGAUCGAGGACGUCGUCGUCUGUGAGGGCGACAGCGACUCGAGGUGCAUCACGAAGGGCGACGGCGGGCUGUUCGAGUCCAGAAUGCAGGGUCUGGUCGACGCGGCCGAGAUGCGAGGGGACGAGGACGGCGAGGACGAAGUCGACUCGGAGAGGUGGUUGAGGCGGAGGCUCCCGGGCUUUCCGUCGCGGCUCAAGCUCUGGCAGCUCUUCUUCGCCCACAGGGAUUACUUCUGGCGGCUCGGCCUAUGCGUUCCGGGCGGCGACCCGGCCAACUGGGGCCGGGACAAGUACGGCGGCGGACACAUUGGCCUGACGGCGGAGGAGCUCUGA